GGGUUAAAGACUGUCGUCAUGGAGAUGCAAAAUGGCGACAGCAGCCGCAUCGAGUAAGAGACCUGCGGUAGAUUCUCUAGAUGUACGGCCAGCGAAGAAAACCCACUGGUCGCAGGGCCUCCUGACGUCCAUGAACGACCCCAAUCUCGUCGUGGAAUCGGACGAUCGCAUCGUUAUCAUCAAAGACAAGUAUCCCAAGGCUCGCUAUCACUUUCUCGUGAUUCCGAAACUCAAUGUGCCAAAUUUGAAGUCUCUGAAGCGCGAGCAGAGUGAGCUCUUGAGGUACAUGGAAACACGGGCCCGGAUGUUGGCUGUUAAUUAUCCCCAGGUUGAGUUUAGGUAUGGCUAUCACGCAAUCCCAAGCAUGUCUCAGCUUCAUCUACACAUGAUAAGCCAAGACUUUGAUUCCCCUUGCCUCAAGACAAAGCGCCAUUGGAAUUCCUUCAACACGCGAUACUUUCUGGAAAGUGCAGAUGUCAUUCGGUGCCUUGAAGAAAGAGGAAUGGUGGUCACAAUGACUCCCAUCGCAGGAGAGAAGCUCCUUGACCAACCACUGAAGUGCCAUAAAUGUGUGUACUCCCCCACAAAAUAUGCCCAAACUCAAGCAGCACUUGUAUAAGCACAUUAACAAUUAAUCUAAGGAAUUGCAGUUUCUUAUUAGAGGUUGAAAUGAUUUAUGAUGCCUUUGAAGUUAUAAUGUCACUGUCCUGUAUUUACAAGACUGCUUUUUUUUAUUUUUUUAUUUGCACAUAUUGCAAUGUGAUGCCAUAUGAUUAUGAUAUUAUUCAAGAAAGCUUAGUAAGCUUCAGAGUUGUGAUUGUUUGUGGUUACCUUUGUAUAUGUCUUAAUAACUAUAGGUCUCUUCUUUUAUCUUUUAUUUUCCUGGAUCCUGUUACAGUGCUUUAGGUAUUUGACCCCUUUAUACUCAUUUGUUGGUGCCAGCACUAGUAGUAAAACUGCAUUUUCCUUUUUUCCGUUUGUCAUGAGCAACCUUGUAAACUUGCUGCCUUUAUUGUUAGUUUUUAUUAUCACUUUUGAAAUUGGUGCUUUUUUCAAAGUGUGUGUUGGAGUGAUUUACAUGGUUCUGGAAGUAUUUUAUAUAUGUACUAUAUGUAGUAAAUGAAGUCUUUCACUUAUCAUAUGAUUAAUUUAUCUGUGUAACUGAAGUCAUUCAGAAUUUGAAAGUCACAUGGGAAGCGCUUCAGUAUUGUGAUUCUUAGGACACCAGUUCAUUUGCGCAUAAAUAUGCCAGUUUCAGAGAAGGAAACAUUUGCACCCAGAUCUGAUAGAUCAUUUUCCAUUGUACUUGGACAGCAAAUGUUAUGAAAUGUUAGUUAUUUAAUCCCAUUGUUUAUUGAGAGAGACGGCCUCCUGAAGUGGUGAACAAUAGCUGUUUAUUUGCCUGGCUGUUAUGUGUAUGAGGGACAUUCCUUUAGCAAGUACCAGUUUUCAAGCAUAUCUUUUUUUCUGCCAUGCUGGUGUCGAUUUGCUUCAAACAUCAGUUAAAACUCUUCUCAGUGAGGGCAUUUGCAUUGUAAGUGAGGGAUAUAACCACUGAUAGGAACUGACACUUUCUUUUCCCCUGAUAUCCUGAGUUAUGGCUUGAAUACCAUGAACAGUCCAUGCAGGGUAUGUUGUAUACAUGUAGCCUUAUGUACUUUAUAUACUGUACGGAUAUGUAUUCAUUCCAUGUGCUACACAUAUCUAUAUUAUGGGAUUAUGCAGGCUGUUUGGUAUGGGCUUCUUUCCAAUUCUCAUUAUGUAAUCUAGUGAAGUUGCUAACAUAAUUACCAUGAGAUGAGUGACUUAUUGCUUAAUCUUGAUGGCUUUGCCCACUGAUUACUAUCCAUUUCAGUUUUUUAAUUAAUGUCUAGUUGUACAUUUUAUUAUUGUGGGGUGAGUACGUUAAGGUUUGUUCAUUAUUUCUUGAGAAAAUAGAAAUUUUGUUGUUUUAAGGUUAAUAAUUUUGACCCUGAAUACCCAUCUACGUAAUUACUGUGGCCCUCCUUCAGCUAUGAACCGUCUUAAUUGUUUGUAGUAUACACUAUAGGCAACAUUAAUUGUCUUUUUAAUUCUCUUGUAUGCCUCACCUUAUGGCAGUGUACUAUCCAACUUUUUAAGUUGAACAAGACUCCAAGGAGAGUUUUAACCUUCAGUAGAGCUUGCACAAAUUCUGUUUUUGGAACUGUGCUACUGAAAGUGUUCUUGGAAUCACAUUGGUACUCAGGCUUUACAUUUGUUGAGUCUUUGCAAGUUUUGUUUAUUCCAGAGCCAGAUCUGUGAUAACUGACACUACUCUAUUUAGUGAUAGUAAUUGCCCAUUGUUGUGAAAUCACCAUCGAGUGUGAUGCCCAUUCUUAGUCUUUUAAAACAAAAUUCUUGCACUUAGUUGUGGCAAGUUGGAAAAAAAAUUGUAAAAAUAUGAGGUGAAAAAUCAAUAAAAAUUACCUAUUAGGCUGGACUUGGACGAUGCAUCUGUGUAUUACAAAGCAUCCAAAAGGUUAGAACUGUUUUGGAAAAUCGGAUGCAUGAGCAGCACUUUGUCUCCCUCCUCUGAGGGAUUGCAUCCAAGGCCUUAUAUCUAAACCAAUUUUUGAUAGAUAAGCCAUAUCUAAUAUGUUCAUGUGAGAGUUGCUUGCAGAUGGUUUUUGGUUGUAAUUUUCAUGAAGGAAAUAAUGAUAUUGGAGAUCCUUCAUAUCAGCAUCAUUAUUUCAUGGAAUAUUUGUAUAUUGCUGAUGUAAGGUUUUGUAUAUCCAUUACCUUUCCAGAUAGACCUUUCUUACUCUUUUAGAUCUUCAUGCUACAGCAACCUAGGCGUAGUUUAUCAUCAUCAUGUUUGCAAUUUGUAAGGGAUGUUUUAAGACUUUUAGAUGUGAUGAAGUUAUUGUUUACUCUUUACCAUCCAGAUACUUGUUCUGCAUGCAAGUGUUUUCUCCUUGGAAGCUGGCUGAUGUGUCAAAGAAUAAUCACUUUCGUAUUACUCAAACUUACAUUUUUUUGUUUUCCCUACCAUAAGCUAAGACAUGUUUCAUGAUGAACUGGUUGGUGACUUAUGUCCAACAUUUUUAUUACUUUUCAGUAUUGUAUUUGCCAUUUUGGUUUUAUAAUUAAUCCGUUGGUACGUGACGUUAGUCUACUUUUAUCUCAAGUUCUUUCUCCUAAAUCCAAUGUUACAGUGCUUUGGGAAACAGCAGUGUUAUAAUGUUAUAUAAUAAUUAUAAUAAUAGUUAUAUUAAGUUGAUAGUGUAAGAUAAUGUACAUUACUUUGCAAAAGCAUUUUAAGCCAAAUUGACUUCUUUUCCAGGUGAUCCCAGGUCUUGGAUUUUAAGAAUCCACUUUAGUUUCUUGAUACUAGUUUCAUUUUGGUUAUGUAAAUAUUAAGUUCAGAGAAAGACGAUUAUUUUAUUACAAAUUAAUCAGACCAUCGAGUUAACAUUCUUAACUCAAAAAGGGCUAGCUUGAAGGAUUUGUUCUUACUAAAUUAGAUCCUUUUUUAAUAUUUUGCAGGUAAUACUUAGGUAAUCAUGAGGAAUAGUAGUUAAGGUGAUGUUAUUGUCAAGUGAAAAUUAUUCACAGCACUAAACUUCCAUAUUUUAAAUUAAAUUUGAAUCAUCAGUGCUACCUUUAGCAACACUUUGUCGAUUAUAUUUUGUAUUCCGAGUGACACCUUUUUUCUAGUACAACGACACUUAGCUCUUAAGGAUACAGAAUGAUGUGUGUAACAGGUUCAAGGGAUAUGUAUCCGUGGAGUAUUGCAUUAUCCAGAUCCCUUUAUAUCCGGAAAUAGUGUGUUGUACUGUAGAGUCUUCCAGUGUGUUCACCUAAGGAUUUGCAGUGUUGGUCAUACAGUAUACUAUAUGUAAGUACCUAUGUAAUUACACUGAUAAGACUUUUUGUGAAUUAAUUUCUCAUAUUUAAUAUUAUUGAAGUCUUGGCAGCUUUUAUUUCCAAUUGCACAUACAUAAGUGGUCAACCUAACUUUUCUGAUGCUGCAAAUGAGAUGGUUGAUAGCAAAUUACAAAAUGGUAAUCUCAGGACUAUUGUAAGUUUGUGGUGUCUUACUUUGAUCUUAGUUGUAAGUCUGUCUUUGUUUUAGAAAUUUUGAAAAGGUUAAAUUAUUAAUCAAGUGUUUAUUGAAGGUAUAGUUACUCUCAAAAAGUUGUUUCAGAUCUGUUUUGCAGUCAUUAAAUUUUAUUUUUUAAAGACCUAUGAACUCUUGACAUAUGUCUCUCUGAACUGAUUGAUUUUAUGGAAUUCUCAAAUAAUGUUAAUUUGCAGCAAAAUUGACAAUUUGGUGUGAAAUAACUUGGAAGGGACCAAGUUCCAUAAAACUUUUGAGAAUGGCUGUACCAUGUUUAGAGAAAUGUGAUUCAUUAAACUUCCUAGUAAAUGAAGAGUUCCUCACAGUUAAACACAGCAUUAUUUCAAAAACUUAUACUUAAGGUUAAAAUUUACAAAUCUUUCUAAUAGCACUGAAGCAUGUGUUGGGCCUUGAAUAGUAACAGAUUUUGUUACAGUGCUGUUAUGGAAAAUUUAUAAAAUGGCAAGGUUGUGGAUUAGCUUAAUUCUGAUUUGAGUGGUAUGCAUAAAAUUUAUUUUUAUUUUACCUUACUAUAAAAGGCCAGGGUCUCCCUAGCUGGCAGUGUCAAGUGGAAACAUGAAAGAUGGUUAAGUGCUUAUACUGUAUAGACUUCCUUUAUGUGCAUAUUCUAUCUCAUUUCCUUUUUACAAAAUAGGAAAUCUACAAACUUGAAAAUUUACUUAGCUUUUGAAGAGAGAAUUACUGUUUUUUUCUCAGAACUGAAAAAAAAAUGUAACCAAAAACAAAACUUCCCUACCUAUCAUUGAAUAAAAUUUCCAAAAGCAAAAGGUAGUGUUUUGCAAGAUAUCAGGUGUUCUCCAAAUCUGAGGGUUUUCUGUAAUACCCGAUCCAUGUUUUACUAACUGCAGUAUUGGGAAUAUGCAUGAUACUAAAAAUACUAUGUUAUGGAUAAUAUUGGGACAUUUAAAAUUUGUGAGAUGAUGUACCACAGAGAGUGUUAAUUUUUUUUUAUCACAUGGAUAUAAAAUCAGUCAAUGCUGUAUAUUCUGUAUAGCAGUGAGGAGAUCCAGUGUUGUAUUAAUUCAUUGCAAUCACAGUGUAUAUUGUAUAUAUAAGAAAACAUUUAAUAAAAAUCUUCAAACUGUGGAA